AGCGUGCCUGAGAACGGAGGAUGUUGAGGCUCCUCAGCAGAGUCUUAACAUCUGCACACACUCACAGAAACCGAGAAGCUGCUGCUGUAUACCGGAGCGUUUGUUCUGCAGCCUCACAGUCAGCCUCAGCCUGUCCUGGCUUUACUGUGAAGCCCGCAAUGGAGCCUAAACUGUACCAGCCCCCUCCAGAGGUCCGAGGUAUGACCUCUCUGGACAAAGAGGCUUUUACACAGAACAUUACAGUCCCAGCUCUACGGGUGCCCACUAGGGUCUUAAACAAAGUGGUAAAGAGCCUGAAAAAGUCGACCAUCCAGCGCCCAGGGGUGUCCAGAGUGGUGCAAGAUAAAGAGGAGAGUGAUGACUUUCGUUUAGUCCUGUUGGACCCUCACAGAGUGUCCUCGACAAGCUCCUUCUCAGAGGCUGAAGCUGAGGCUCUGAGGUCUUUUGGCGUUGCUGAGGAGCUGCACUACUAUGAGCUGCAGCUGACCUACGACAACCUGAGGAGUGAAGAAGUGCUGGAGGCCGUGCUCCCUCAGGGGCAGGAUGUGACCUCUGCGUUCAGCCGGGUGGGACACAUCGCACACAUGAACCUGAGGGACCACCAGCUGCCGUACAAGAACCUCAUAGGUCAAGUUAUCAUGGACAAAAACCCUGGUGUUACCUGUGUGGUCAAUAAAACAAACAUAAUUGACUCAACUUACCGCAACUUCAAGAUGGAGGUGCUAGCUGGAGAAGAGAACAUGGUCGCCAAAGUGAAAGAAAACGGGAUGACAUAUGAGUUUGAUUUCUCUCGUGUGUACUGGAACCCCCGGCUGAGCACAGAGCACCAGCGUGUGGUGCAGCUCAUCAAACGCGGUGACACCGUGUUUGAUGUGUUUGCUGGUGUUGGACCAUUCGCCAUCCCUGCUGCCCGCUUGGGUGCCAACGUGUUAGCCAACGAUCUCAACCCGGAGUCCUACCGAUGGCUGCAGCACAACUGCAAACUCAACAAGGUGGAGAGCAAAGUCCGAACGUUUAACCUGGACGGCAGAGCUUUCAUCCAGGGACCUGUGAAGCAGGAGCUGCCUGCUCUGCUGAAGGGAAAAGCCAAUGUUCAUGUGGUGAUGAACUUGCCUGCCUUGGCUUUGGAGUUUCUGGAUGCAUUCAGAGGCCUCCUGCACCAGGAGACCCCCUGUGAUGAAAACCUACCCACAGUGUACUGCUAUGGCUUUUCUAAAGAUGACAUCCCUGACACGGACGUGGUGAAGAGAGCGUCCCACAGCAUUGGGUUCCCCCUGGAGAACAGAUGCUCUGUACAUUUUGUGCGUAAUGUAGCACCCAACAAAGAUAUGAUGUGUGUGAGAUUCACACUCCCUAAAGAGGUCCUCUUCAGCAGCAGUCACGAACAGACAGAGUCUUCAGAAGAACCAGCCCCAAAGAGACAGAAGUGUGAAGAAACUACAGAUUCAACAUAGUAAAUCAUCACAAGGAAACAUUUGAGUUGGGAGUUUUUUUUUAUAACGAGAAAGUAUGAGUUUAAUAGAUGUUGAAGCAUUUUGUCACCAGAAAUCAUGACCCAGUUUUGGUUCAAUACUUUGCUCAUACUAGAAUGUAUAAGAAGUGUUAUUACUCAGGGCUUGACAUGUUACAUCCUGAGUUACUUUAUUUUUAAAUAAAUCUGUCAAAUGAUGGACAGACA